GCUCUGGAGGGGUUUUGUACUGUGUUAAACCUGGCUGACCUUCCUGCAGCCUCCAGCCCCCCGCGGCUCCUCCGCGGUGUAACCUGCGCUCAUCAGUGGGCUGUGACGGUGGCGCUGUGUCUGGGGCCUGCGCAGUGGGGCUGGGUCAUACUUGGGUGCAGCUCUACCAGAGAAGGAAGCGGAGUUUCCGGCUGUUUGCAGCGGAGUGAGAGGGUUGCUGACGCCGCGAAACCCCGAGGAAAAAGAACGCCGCCGGCUCGGGGGGCUAAUAGCUUCAUGCAUUGAUAGUGGCCGGUUUGUUUUAUACCGGGGGUAGUUGAAUUGUUUACAAACUUGAGGAGUGGUGCAGCUAAUCAAAGGAAGAAGCGGCACAAGGCGGGGGUGAGCUACUACUAGCUACCGGCAUGGCCAGAGACUACGAUUACCUCUUCAAGCUGCUCAUCAUCGGUGACAGCGGAGUGGGGAAGAGCAGUCUCCUCCUGCGAUUUGCAGACAAUACAUUUUCAGGUGUGUGGCUCCGUCUCGGCUGUGACUCAAGGCUUUCGACAUUACGACUGCUUCUUAGUAAACCUUUUUGGUUGUUGUGGUUCUUAUAUUACUGUUCUACAGGUAGUUAUAUCACCACGAUCGGUGUAGACUUUAAGAUCCGGACGGUGGAGAUCAACGGGGAGAAGGUGAAGCUGCAGAUCUGGGACACAGCGGGGCAGGAGCGCUUUCGCACCAUCACCUCCACGUACUACAGGGGAACGCAUGGGGUCAUAGUAGUAUACGACGUCACGAGCGCCGAGUCCUUCGUCAACGUCAAACGAUGGCUACACGAAAUCAACCAGAACUGUGACGACGUGUGCCGAAUAUUAGUGGGAAACAAGAACGACGACCCCAGCUCCAAGGUGGUUGAGACGACUGACGCGCAGAAGUUUGCAGAGCAGAUGGGAAUCAGCUUGUUUGAGACGAGUGCAAAAGAGAAUAUCAACGUGGAAGAGAUGUUCAACUGCAUCACAGAGUUAGUGCUACGAGCCAAGAAGGAGGUGCUAGCGAAGCAGCAGCUGCAGCAACAGAACGACGUGGUCAAGCUCACCCGGAACAGUAAACGGAAGAAAAAGUGCUGCUAACAAACUCCGAGCCGCUCCGACCCAAGACCGGAGGCCACGUUUCCUCAUAAAAGCAUUCAUAUUUGAUGAGACUCAGAGCAUCUAAAUUAAAGAGAAGAUAAAGUUUUAAUAAAUAUACAGUAAAAGAUGAAAUAAAAAUAACAUAAAUGGAAACAAAUUGUCCCUUUUGGACAAACUAAUCAUGGAGACUUAAAAAAAAUAUAUAGAUUUUUAUCAGAUGUCCGAACAACUUGGAAUUCAUCAGAUGUGCUUCGUUGACAUGAGGUCCUCCAACUGUUAAAGGAUCUGCCAGCUAACAUCAUCCCCACGCUCCUCCAUCAGCAUCUCCCUCUGACAUCUGGAGUCCCGGCCAACUGAGGAGGAGGAGGAGGAGGAGGAGGAGGAGGAGGGGGAGGGCUCCCCGAUCCUGGAGUGGGUUGUGGGGUUUGUUUGGGACUGGGAUGUGUUGGAAGAGCAGCGACCUCGGCUCCUGCUUGUGAAUCCAUCGUCCUUAUGGGGGAAAAAUCACUGGGAGGAUGUUGAUGGUGUUGAUUGAUAGAUGACCUUUGAGCAGCGUAUCUGAUGGACAGAACUGGUGACUUCUCAUGUUUAUUUUUGUGUAUUUUGCCAAGCUUUUCCCCUUUCUAACCUCCAGUAGUGCUGAGCCAUUGAUAAUCAGUUCUUUUCCUUUGAAGUGCAGCAGAGCGGUUAAUCCAACCAUUAAAGUUCUGGCUGCACGUUCACAGCAGUCUUACAACAGUCUGAUUUUACUCUUUUUCUUUUUACAAGAUACUGCCAACGUUUUAAAAGAAGUAGGAGCUCAUCAGAGUCUCUGAUUGGACUGUUGCCAUAGCGGCCAGCGACUGGCCGAGAAGCAGGGUGAAUCAGCGUCUGAUGGGACCCUGUUGAGUCCUCAGGAAGUGCUCCCCUCUAUUUUUUUUUACUUAUUUCUUGCAGCCUUCUCUUCCUUUAUCAUAUCAGCCAUUCUGACAGCGACAGACCUUUCUUUCUCCCGACGGUGACGGCCGACUCGCUGGACUCUGGGUACCUUCUGCCCUCCUUUAUUUUGAAAGCAUGAAACCCUUUUACGAUGUGCGAUGCUUUGGGUUUGGAGGCUAGCUUGCACCCUGCUGAGCAGCCUGUCACCGCUGACGGAUGUUUAAAGUCUUUAAAGUCUUACGUGGUGUGUGUCAUCAAAUGGAAGUGUUAGCAGACGGAGCGGCCAACAACCUGCAGCACUGGAUUCCUGCGGACGUUCUUUACCGGUCUGUCCCAGCGUGGGCGGUGGUUUGUUUCUUGUGUUCAGAAUUGGGAGGUGUCGUGUAAGCUGCUGUUGAAACAUCUCACCUUUUCACCGUCUCUUGGCAGACUGGCUGGUAGUUUGAGAUCAAAAGAACAUGAAUGGUAAUGGUAUCAAAUCUCAUCCUUUUUUUUUUUUUCAUUACGUGUAUGUAAAUAUAAAUAUAUUUGUGUGUUUAUAUUAAGUAUAGAUCAUGCACACACGAUUAGCACAGCGGCCUGUGCAUGUGUCAAACAUGCCCCGUGUGCUUUGGUUGAAACACACUCGUCAGCUGUGGUUUGCUGUACACUGGAGACAAAAGAAAGAAAGAUGUACUAUUCAAUUUCCCUACAUGAAUUUAAUCAGUAAUAAACGUUUUAAAGUAAUAAAUAUUGGACACAUAAA